AUGCGCUCACGUCAGUCUCAUAAAAAAUCAAAGAAUGGUUGUACUGGUUGCAAACAAAGACAUAUUAAGUGUAGCGAAAGCCUACCCAAGUGCCACCGCUGCCAGAAUCGUAACCUCGACUGCCGUUAUCCUCGGCUCAACCCCGGGAAUCUGAAAGCCGAAAGCGAUCACAAUGAAGCAGAGUCAUCCAGUCGAGAAGCAAGCCAAUUUUCUCCGAAUCCCCGCUAUAUUGAGGCGAGGCUAUUACACCAAUACUAUACCAGCACAUCUCACACCAUCUCCAAAACUAGCACCGAGCAACAAAAAUGGCAAGUCCACUAUCCUGGCAUAGCAGUAGCGAAUGGAUUCGUUCUUGAUAGUAUGCUCGCAUUUUCUGCCCUCCACCUCGCAUUCCUGGAAAAAGACCGAAGACAGUCUUGGGCUGAAAUCGCCCUACGCUAUAGUCACAAUGCUUGCUCGGAGUUUUUAAAGGUCGUGGGCAAUAUCUCACCUACAACGAUUGAGCCUGCCUUGACCUGUUCUAUUUUCAUAGUGCUAGUUACAAUCGCCCAGCCUGGCAUUUCUGGCCUCCUAAACUCUUCAAGCCAUUUGGCCGAGAUCUUACGCGUGAUGAAUCUCCUUAAGGGCUGCAGGCUUCUAAUCGACAAAGCAGCAGCUUUCCGUGCGAAGGGUUUCUUGACAAGUGAAUCCAUUUUCAUCGAAGAUACAUCCCGGGAUCUCGUCAGAGACUUCAACAGUGUUCAAAACACAAAUGACAAUGUAGGUCACAUACUGUGUCGACUUGGCUCCAUGGUCCUUGCGCAACUGAGCACACAAGCUAGCAGCUCCCCAGACACCAGCUACCAGAUUUGUAUCCAGGCAUGUGCUGAUCUGAUGGAUCGGGCAAACCAGAUCAAGGAAAAUCAUGAUGAAGCACAGAUAUUUCUAUGGCCUUUCUCGACCAGAGUAGAAUUCAUUAGUUUGCUCGAGGCGAAAGAUCUUAACGCGCGCUUGGUCUUUCUUCUUUACGCCGUGGGAUUGCAUCACAUGAGGGAAUAUUGGUUCAUCAAUGAUACUGGUCAGAAUCUGGCUCGGGAACUCCUGGAACCAUAUAAUUCUCUCCCACUGUCUUGGACAGAGUUUGUCUCAUGCAUACGAGCUGAAUUUGAAUGA